AUGGAUUUCCCCUUUGGCCAAGAUGAGCAGGGAAAUCCUCUCCCGGAUCCCGAUCCCGCGAAUAUUCUUGGCGCCAAUCCCGACGAAGGAUGGCCUAAGGAUGAACAUCCACAACACGGGAACCGCCAGGUUGUCGGUGGUUUUCUCGAAGAUCUCCCUGACCUCGAUGAUCUUGACGCUCACCUUAGGUACCCUAGCUCAUUUGCUUUCACAGGCGCGGAGCAGAGUAUCGACUUCCACACGAGUUUCGAGGGGAUUUUGCCUCCCCUCGCUUCUCCAAACGGUUCGGCCGACCAGGGCUUGGGCCCGACAGUCCUCCCAGAAACUGAACAGGCCAAGAAUAACAGCAAUGACCUCGCCUAUGGGCCCGGCAAUGGCCACGCCGCCAUGGAGCAAUUUUACACUGAUGACGAGGGCCGGUUAUGGUUUCUUAACAGCCAAGACUACGACAGUAAUGGCCAACUCAUCGCGACUUACAGGUACAUCGACGAUAAUGGGGAUCAGUGGACGCGCCAACAGAUUGUACCCCUGAUACCAUCUGAGCAGACCUUCGGCCAGGAUAACGAUCGCCAUGACGACCCUAUGGUUCAACAAAAUCAGGACUUGAUGCACAGUCAAGGCUUCAACCAAGGCUCUCCAUCCUAUGUUCCAGUCGGACCUCCAGUCGAAGAUUACUAUGGUGGCCAACAUGGUGGCUCCACCUCGCAGGGACUAUAUGAUAGCCUUGCCCCCAAGGCUUCUCGCUUGACUGCUGAGUCUCCGUCGGGUUCUGCAUAUCGGUCGGUGUAUUCGCCUCGCGUGGGUUCUCAUACUCACGUGAUUUCGGGUCGCGCAGCUUCUGCACCUGGACUCAAUUUUACAACCCAUUCACCUUCUGGAUCUCAGUCCACUUCAGCGAAUUCAGAACCCGGAGCAGAUUCCACACCUCAGCCUACCAUGGAUCAAGCAGUGCCUGUUCUGGUCAUGGAUGAGCGAUCUGUGAACCGCCCGCGCGACGCCUUUCCAAUCAUCUUCGACAAGGCAUUGAAGCUCGGUCUGAAAAAGCUCCUCGAUGCCGGCGGCGUGUCGUUCAGGAUUGCGACCAUGUGCUCCGGCACGGAUGGUCCCAUCCUGGCUCUACGCGAGUUCGUUGAAGCGGCCACCGCCUGCGGCUAUCCGGGACUCCUUCAGUACAAUCAUGUCUUCAGCGUUGAGAUCGAACCGUUCAAGCAAGCCUUCAUUCGUCGCAAUGCAGCUCCUUCAGGCCCGAUCUUUCGCAAUGUCGUCGACGUUGGCAUGCCCGGAGCUACUCAGGCUAUGACGGCUUCCGGAGCCAUGGCCGAUAUCCCUCUUGGAAUCGACAUUCUCAUUGCUGGAAGCUCUUGCGUCGACUUUUCGAGCCUAAACUACGCCAAGAACGAUAAGAAGAAGAAGUCUGGUCUCAACAAGCUUUUCGAGCGAUUCAAGGGCAGGGGCAUCUCAGCCAUUCAACAGGACGACCCGAUGGCCAGUCAAGUUGUCGAUGGCCUUCAACAAAUCUUCGAGAGCAUCAAAGAUGAGAAGGGAGAGUCAACCAAAACUUUCCUGUCCAUUCUCAUGUACACCAACGCACAUCGGCCCAAAAUCGUCAUCUUGGAGAACGUUACAAGAGCUCCGUGGGACCAAUUCAGGGACUUCUGGCUGCCAAGCAUCGGAUACGUGGCGGGGUAUGUCCAGGUCGACUCCAAGAACUUCUUGGUCCCUCAAACGAGGCAGAGGAAAUAUCUGCUCGGAGUGGAUGCUCGCUACUAUGGAAACAAGGCCAAGGAGAUCGUCAACACAUGGGUCAAACUCAUGGAUAUCACGCAAUGGUUCAAGAAUCCGCCUGACCUCCAGAAGUUCUUGCUUCCCCCGUCUGAUCCGCGUGUGCUUCAGACUCGAUUCCAGUUGGAACGAACGCUGCUCUCGAAGCCGAAGAGGGACGUCGAGGCUGUUCAUUGUGCUGCCGAUCAUAGGUCGGCACGUCGAAAGGAAGAGCUCGGCACGUCGAACCCGUAUACUCGGAUGGAUGACAGAGGCAACGUUCAGCCCCGCGAGGACACCUGGCAGGGCGUCAUCUCAGUCUAUACUUGGCGAAUGCAGGAUCUCCUCGACAUCGAGUACCUGAGAGCACAGAAGAAGGGGUACGACUUCACCCACAAAAUGUUCAUUCUUGACGUCGGACAGAACGUGGAUCGACAGAGCGGAAGGCUGGGGGUAAUUCCCUGUGUUCUUCCCUCAGCUGAUCUCUUCAUCUCGUACGACGGCCGUCCUCUCCUCGGACUCGAGUGUCUGGCUGUGCAGGGCAUUCCCGUUGACCGCAUCUCGCUUUCGGUCGAGGGGGAAAACCAGCUCAAGGACCUUGCCGGAAACGCCAUGACGACCACCGUGGCCGGUGCAGCUAUCCUCUGUGCACUCAUUGCCGAGUCCAGGUUCAAGACGAAGGCAAGCAACAGGCACUUGCAGGGCCUCGCUCAAGCCACCCCGCUGCUGCCUAGCAGCGUCGUUCAUCAGACCUCGACUGACGAGGCCGGACCUUCCAAUUUGUUGGAUUCUUUCCUUACCCUAGACCCCUCCUCUCUUGGACGCAAAACCCACACAUCUUCCAGCAGAAAAGGAAAAGAAAUCGAUCGAUCAUUUUCUGCCUCGCAAACUACUCCCAACAAGAUGGCUUGGCAGGAGAUCGUCUCCUCCGGCUGGGACGGCAAUAGAUCAGUCGAGUUUUUCUGCACUCUCUGUCUCAAUGGAUGCCGGAAAUGUCGCUGCGACGCCUUCCGCAAGCAUCAACAUACCGGUGUUUAUCUGCGAUGCAAGGACUGCAAUGAGACGCGCUGCCAAAGCUGUGCUGGAAAUCCGGAUCACAACUUUGAUAGGGCUAACCCCAUCGACGACGAGGUGUCAAUCGGCAGAAGUUUGGCUCAAGAGCUUGCGAUUGCUGCUUUGCCAGCUCAUCUCUACAUCGAUUGGGCAGGUACCGAUACCGCUCACAGUGUCGAUAUUCUCCACGAACUCGACAAGCAGAUCUUCAGCGAUCACCUCGAGGCUUUACAUCGCGCAAUCCAGACGUGCGCAGGCGGAGUUCAUUACUACCAGACGGACCUCAAGUUCAGAGACGACCUGACUGUGACUUACGAAUCCGAAAAGUCAAUCAUCGUCGUUGUCAUCACCGGAAAGGACGUUACGUGGAGCAUGCAUCUGAGACCCGUCUAUAUCGAAUUCGGGCGCCCAUCGUUUCGGAACGAUACCUCAGCCAGCGAAGUGGCAAUUCAAUUGACUGCUCUAGGUUACGACCUUCGCCAGCCUCUCUUAAAAGCAAAGCUGUUUGUCCAAUGCAAAAUCAACGUGGAUCUGGUUCAAGAACGCGCCAACGAUGGGAGGAUGAACGGUUUCACCCAGAAGCUUAUUGAAGUCAACGGCCUUGCACCCUAUUUAGUGAACGAAAUCACGAAUGUCAUCAACGGGGACUACCACUUUACAGAUAAGUGCGCAACCCCAUUGGGGCUCCUCUUCACCAAGCACGAUCCUCUCAGCCCCGUCUACAUGAUGCUCCAGACGAAUUGCAACGGAGCUGCCGAAACCGACCGAUGGGUCUUGACGAAGAACCCUAGAAAGCUUGAGCCGGAUCAAGUGCGAGAUAUCAUCUGCGUUUUCCCCAAAGGGUUCAAGCACCAAGAAGGACAGCCUCCGGGCUCUAUACUGUCGGCCGUGUUGCCUGGCGUGUACACGUCUCUGCCGUCAGCCCUGGGUAUCACCGUCCACGAGCGUGAUCCAGCCCUACAUGUUGGUCUCAAAGAUUUGCAGGAGCAGGCUAUCAUGAACAUCGACUGUCAAUCUUCGAUCCCGUCCAUCAUGAUCAAAAUGGACAAGACCGACAUGCACUUUCCAGUCAAGUCGCUCCUCACCCAGUUGACUCCCCCUUCUGGUACAAACAGCAUGGCAGCUUCGUCCGAUAUCUGGUUCACGAUUGCCCAGAACGAUAUCAAGGAUGCAUUGGCACUGGCGUCUUCUGCCAUCAACAAGUUGCCGGCCUCAGUAUGUGCUGGACUUCUUACAGUUAGCGACAUCGUGCUGGAUUCUGGUGAUGCGUGCUACAAAUGCUCGCCGACCGCUCCAAAGGCUCUUCAUCACUGGGAUGCGGAUGGCAGCGUUGUACGAAUCGAGAACGAGGCAGUGGCGACUCAAGCGGAGCAGGCUAUGUUGCGACGACCAGCUCCUCUCGAGAUCCAGGCCCGACUGGAGCUGAGUGAAGCUGACGAAUACAAUGUGCUGAGCAUGAGAAUUCUGCUAAACCCAGCGUCGCUGGCGCACCGGGCGCAUGGUUACUUCCCGGUCGACAAGGACAUCAUGUCGCCCAUGGUUCGCUCAACUCGCGGAAGUGGCAAUUUCCGUGUGGAAACGAGCUAUCACGAGCCCAGCCUGAAGGGAUUGCCCCCCUUCAAGGACAGCAUGGUCGCCGUUCAGGCAGAUCCCUAUCCUCCUCAGGGCGUCUUCCGGACGCCCCGGUUUCUGCAGAAUGGAAUGAUGCUUCGACAAGAUCAAGUCGAGGCUUGUCAGUGGAUGCUGCACCGCGAACAAGACGAACCGUUCACUGAAAGGGAAUUCGAGGAGCGUGUUCUUCCAUCUGUGAACGUGCGCUUAAGUGCUGUUGCCGAGCUUGAGAAUUAUGCCCGAGGAGGUGUCCUUGCACACGACAUCGGCUACGGCAAGACUAUAGUUACACUUGGUCUUGUUGAUCAUACAACGACUCCAUCGCAUGCAGAGUUUUCUAUUCUAGAGCGUUCCAAGUGGUUGGGAACCACGGCGUUCAUUCACAUCAAGGCCACUUUGGUCAUCGUGCCACCCCAUAUUGUGUCGCAAUGGGCCAAAGAAGCUAAGAGAUUUGUUCGUCAGCUCAGAGUCCUGGUGCUCACCAAAACGACUGAUAUCUCACGGGAGAGCAUGGAAGCAGCAGACAUCAUCAUUGUCAGCAGCACUCUGAUGUCUUCCGAGAAAAACAUUGACAAGCUCGCUGCAAUCGCCCAAAUGCCAUCGAUCCGUCAGAAGAGAUCGAACCGAGACUCCCAGGACUGGCAUUACGAAGUGGUUGAAACCAUCAAGCAUGCCGCCUAUGACCACAGCAACCCUGACAACCCGAACAAUGCUCAUGUCGAGGCGAGAAUCCAAGGCCGCCGCACCAUCAGCAAUGAUUGGGUCCGCAAAGCCGCAGCCGACAUAGUGGGAGCUAGCGAUCGGAAGACGCAGCAAACCGCCAAGGCGACACCCAAAAAGAAGAAGGGCAAGGCAGCAAAGCCCAAGACGGCCGUCACCAUUGAUGUGAAGGAGGCCUUCCAGAACGGCGAGGUACUUGAAAUGUACACUUACCGCCGCGUGGUCUUUGAUGAGUUCUCGUAUGAGAACACAUCCGUUGCAACCUUCUUCCAGAACGCUGUCGCGUCCUCGAAAUGGAUCCUCUCAGGUACACCGCCUACCAUCAACCUCGGUCAGAUCUGCGAGACUGGAGCGUUGCUCAAUGUUCAUGUUGCGCGACCGACGCCAUCAAUGCCGGGAUUCUUCCCCAAUGCCACGACUGGGCCCAAGGUAUCCGAACUGACUGACGCCGAAACAUUCCGCAGCUACACAGAGCCCUUGUCCGCCCAGCUCGCGGCCGAUCGCCAUGAUCAGGGACAGCAAUUCCUUCUUCACUACUUGCGGAAGAACAAGAUGGAGGUUCCAGGAGUGGAAAUAACCGAGGCCGCCUGCUUCACUCCCAUGAACACUCAAGAAGCCUUGGUAUACAAUCUUGUACAACAGGUUCUUCAUGAUGCAAAGUGGGACGUCGAUGGCAUGCCCUGUGGUCUUGAUACUUUCCUUCGCACCAUCUUGAACGAAGAAGUGACCCAGAGGGCCGGUUCAAAGGCCAAGGCUACCGGAAAAUCUAUCUGGUCGGAUGCAGUCGACGCGUUAGUUCUCUUGUCUUCGUUGUCCGUUUCUUCCGGCCGAAAGGGAUUCGAGGGCAUGGGGUGGACAGAACCCAACGCGAAGCUGACUCUGGAGCGUCUCGGCAACAAAGCGUCUGCUGCAGCUGGUGAUCACCUUGCCCGUUGCACCCGGAUUCUGGUAUCUCUCUUCGACAAAAUGAUGUACCUGGCGAAUAUGGUCUGCAACGAUGCUGAUACAGGCAGUGGAAAAGCUAAAAAAGAUGCCUACUUUGGUCAUAUGGAGGAGAUUUUCGAUUUCAUGAGGAACACCAACGGCGACUCUGAUGAUAGUGCGUUCAUCAACUAUCUCCAUGAUGCGAUCGUCUACCGAAACUCGAUCCGCCCAGAUUACAUUCCUACUCGAGAGAACUAUUGGGACUGCAACUUAUGGUCCGAGUGGAUGGGUGGCCCUGGAACUUACAAUUCUGCCCAUUGGUGGCUUCUCGACUCGGAUCACGACUUGUCCGAUGGUGAGUUGGACAGCUUGCAGAACCGGUGGGUCGGCUCUGGUGGUGACCAGAGCGAUGACCGAGAGGCUCUCAUCGACCUCAUUCGCCAAGAGCAGGACAGCCAGGAUAAACGCGAGGAGAUGGCUUUGGCUAUUGGACUGAAGGACACCGGCGACAUGACGGCUCAGCUUCAAAAGCAUUUCGAUGGAAAAGCCACCAAAGACAACUAUGAAUUCGGCAUUCAGAUUCCAGCUCACCGACCACAGAAGGGCAAGACGAUUAAACCCCGUGGACAGGCCAUUGACGAGACUUUGAACAGUUUCAUCUUGGUUGUGCAAAGCGUCCAGGCUGGCAUCAAGCUCACGACGGAGGCAUGGCGGCGCUGCAUGUUUCUGAUGAAGUUGAACCAUGUUCUUCAUGAAAGCCAUAGCCCGCUGUCCACCACCUGCAACGUCUGUGAUCGCGUUACUGCCGAUUCUGACAUGUUCCAUUCUAUUGCAUGCGGUCACUCGCUUUGCAAGUACUGCUUUGGUGCUUUCACUGAGGCUGGUGGUCAAAUGUGCCCCAUGCAAAGCUGCAAGGCAUUCAGUCGUGGAUCAUUUGUUCCUAGCGAGAUAUUUGCCACGCCCGCCAACCUGCAGCACGAUCUUUCGGCCGUUCCCAGUGCCAAGGUAUCCGACAUGGAGAACGUCAUGUUCAACAAUGUCCUUGAUGACGAGAAGGUCCUGAUCUUUGCUGCGUACGCGGGCAUCAAGAAAGAGGUCUACGACCACCUCAUUCGCAGCGACAACGGCUUUAGCGUUUACAUGACCGACGGAGGCGAUGAGGACUCGAAUCAGAUUGAGGCAUUCAAAGCGCACCAUGGAAAGGCCGUUCUGAUCCAGAGUCUCAUGUCUUCGGAGUCCGCUGGCACAAAUUUGACCGAGGCGAACCAUCUCAUGUUUGCUGGAGUUCUGUAUACAGACUCGGACAGCUACGACAUGUACAUGAGACAGGCCAAGGGACGUCUCAUUCGAUAUGGACAGAAGCGUCCCGUCUUCAUCUAUCACUUCAUCACCCCGGCUACGCUUGAAUUUGAUAUCUUCAACAAGCGUCAUGGUAACCGCAUCCGCCACUUCGGUGAGGAAGGACGCAUUGCUAUCCCGGUCACUGAGGACGGAGAGAAGGACCCGAGAUUCCCUCUGUAUUUCCGUCCAUACUUGGAGACCGCAUCGAUUGAGAAGCUUCUGCGCUCCGUGGAAUUCGAGGAGUACGAGAAGUGA